CAGUAAAAUGUGAUAAUAUAAGGACCUGGAAAUAUAAGAUCAAGCAUUCCAUUGAUAAUAACAUUUUAGUAUUGGAAUGAAACACACGAUGGUGUAGAAUAUCGGAAAUCAUACAGUGACAACAAAGCUGGAAUGGAACAUUUUAUUAGACUUUUGUCACAGAGAGCUUAAUUUUUUUAAUAUAUCGCGUACAUUCCGGAAUAUAUUGUCGUUACAAAUUAAUUUUGUGAGAUUUAAUUAAAAUGUCUUGUACGAUUUAUAAUCUAAUGCCUCGUUUAAAAAUCGCGUAAAUUGGCACUUGAACAAUUUAUAAUAUUUUUUUUAAUUAACAGUUUCAUGACAUGGACAUUAUUUUCCUUGACAAAAAAAGAAUGAAUUAAUUAAAUUUAGGUUUUCAUUUAUACCUUUAUCAACAUGAUAUCAAUAUAUACAGGAUUUAACUGAUUAUACUUUUAAUAAAAACUAUUCACUCUAAUCUGGAAAUAAAUUUGAAUACGAUAUGAACAAAACAUAUUUUGAAGGCUACUAAAACGUUGUGCUUUGAACGCGCUGGAUGAAUGAACUUUUUUCUCACAGCGGCACGCCUCUUGGCUUUGAUACAAACGAGUUUCUGUUAGCUAAAAUAUUGAUAUCAAAUAUAUGUAAACACCGACAGUAGGCGGUUCUUAGAAAUUGCAAGAGCGCGAGAUAAAACGUGGAGAAGCUUUCAACAAACAUUUACCGUGAUAGAAUUUUGUUUAUGAGUAUAAUUAUAAAUGUCUACUAGUUAUAAACAACUAUGUGUAUAUAAUGAUUUUAGUAAUUAAUGUGUCGGUAAAUAAAUGGAUUUUAUGAAGAAAUCUUGACAAACAUUUUCACCUGGAACUUUGCUUAAAAAGAUACAACAUGUGUGCCUGGUUUAUUUCAUAUAUUAGACAAAAGGUUCUCAAACUAUAGGGAAACUAUAGACAAAUAGGAAACAUGGAUAAAAAUGCUUGUGAAAUUUUUUUCAUUUGUAAAUUGUUACGGAUUACAUUUUCUAAGUAGAAAAAGUUCCUCUUCAGAAAUCAGAUAACGACAUACCAGAUAGGUAAAAUUGUUAAUGUUUAGCAUAAUAAAUCUAACAUUGCGUUGAAGGAAAAGUUAAAAUAACUAAAAGUAUAAAAAUUAUAGAAAUUAUAUUGUGUGAUUAUCAGUAAGUUGGUACCGGUCAAUUAAUUGACAGGAUUCGAUUGAUUGAAAAAAAUGUUAACUGUGCAAGACGUCAGAGGUAUCAUAACAUUCUUGUUUGUAAGAAACACUUUUCGAAAAGAACAAUUAUCUUUAUCAUUUGAAGCUGCUACGAACGUUUGAUCUUUCUCCGGAUAAAAAACUGUCCCAUUCAAUAGCUUAUUGAAGACGGCGAUUGGUGCUUUAUUUGUCUCAAGGGAAGUAUCAAAUAAAGCUGACAAAUCCUGUUAUAUCAAAUUUCCGAUACUUUACGAGCAGUUACGAAAACUCACCUACGAUAAUUUAGGUUUUUGUUCCUCAGAGGGACAAUUAUAUGGAUUUAAACAGAUUGUUCUAGCAUUCGUCUGGAAUAAGAGUCAUACAUACGAUAAGAUUUACACAGGUCUGUAACGAAAAUGCACAUCGUGAUUGUAUCUUUUACGAAUAGCUUGAUCAAAACAUAUUAAAGUUUCGAAUGAUUGAACGGAGUGGGGAUUAAUUGUGCAAUUGUCUGCUUGAAAACUGUUCGACGUGAUCUCGAAUUUCAAAGUUAUUUCCGUUAAUGUGUCGUUUUGUGCAAUUGAUCAUUGAUCAUGGAAGAGUUAUAAACGUUUGUGAAACAAUAUUACAUGGAUUUAACAAAUUUAUUUCAGAACUUUAAAGGAGAAGGCCAGGUAUGGAGUCGCAUUACAUAGGAUCAGAUGAAGCCAUCGAUAUUUCGCGGAAUUUGUCACUUAAUGUCAGUAAAACUAAUGAUGAUGAUUUCCUGGAAACAAUCAACAACGAAAUAUUCGUUACGAAGAUACCGGCCGUCGUGUACACGUCCGUUAUGAUGAUUCUAGGACUUCCGGGAAACAUAACAGUAUUUUAUAUAUAUUUCUUUAAAUGGCGCAGAAGUACUUCAAGGAUAUUUAUUCUUUUUCUUGCAGCUCUUGAUACUUUGAAUUGUUCCACAACUCUGCCAAUGGAAAUAUACUUGAUGAGAUAUUCAGUGAAUUUAGAUCAGCCUCUACUUUGUAAACUGUCUAGGUUUUCAACGUAUGUUAUGAACUGCUCUUCGGCUCUAGUUCUUGUCGGCAUUGCAGCCGACAGGUUCAAACGGAUUUGUAGACCGUAUCAACGAGUUUUUAGUGAGGCGCAGUCAAGAUAUAUUUCAAUAGGAGCUAUUCUCUUUUCAAUGGCAACCACCUGGCCGUCAUUGUUUUUGUACGGCACCAGACAAGUAAAACUGGGAAAUGUUACUGGAUCAUCCUGUCUUUUACAGAAUGAAUAUGAUUCGUCUCCAUACCCGUUAAUAUAUUUCAGUUUUAUGAUAACUACUACAUUGUUAACAUUUGUGAUAUUGAUUAUAUUAUAUUAUCUCGUAGGGUUACAAAUAUACAGACAUAGGCGGUUUAAGCUCAAGAAUUGCACGCAUGUUCAACAAAUUGUCGACGAAAAGACUAUCACAGCCAAAUCUGAAAAGUCCAACGGUGAAAAACUUAAAUCGUCCAACAAUGAGUUAAACAAUGUCGAAGAAGAAAAUUGUUCUAACGAUAAGGUAGUGGUUGUUGUAAAAGCAGAAUCUGUAAUUCAAAACGAUGAUGAUGAAAACGAAUUGAAACCAUAUCAGUUGGGUUUACCGCCGCCUUGUAAAGACGUUGGGACCAGUUGUGGACUUUUAGAUAUACCAUAUCAGCAAGGAGGUCAACUUGGAUCAGAUUUUAACCUUUCUGAAAUAACGCGCGCCACUAGUGAACAUUCACUCGAAGGUCUGAAGGUAAACGAAUUACCGGAACCUAAAAAAGCGCCAUCACCCAAGUGUAAAAUUCAAAAAGUUAAGGAAAAGAAAAAGAGACGUAGGGUUAGGUAUUUGCUUGUGCGUGGGUCGUCAACUUUAAAUGCAUCUGGGAGAGCGAAGUGUGUUAACUGUUUGACUGUUAGAAUAGGUCGGUCAACUUUGAUGUUAUUUCUUAUAACAAUUGCUUUCGUUAUAAGUUUUAUGCCUUUUUAUGUUCUUGUUAUUAUAAGACAAUCAAAUAGUAAUUUUGUACGCGGAAUGUCAAAGUCUGGGCUUACAGCCUUUCAUUUGUUUUUAAGAUCAUAUCUAUUAUCGAGUGCGGUAAACCCUUUUAUCUAUUCAUUUUGUAAUGCUCAAUUUAGGGGUUAUUGUAGAGAAACAUUUUCUAGGAUUUUCCUAAGAAGACAUCAUUCUUUUAUGACUCAUUCGAGUCGUUUAAGACGGCACCAUUAAUCUGUAUUUAGUAAAUGUUGUUUUGUUUGAUAUCUUGUUUUAUUAAAAGGGACCAUUAAGCAUUCAAUUCUAAAACACAAUAUUGCAAACAUUGCUUACCGUUUUUUUAUAUCAACACUUUCAUUGAACCAUCUCGUGUUAAGAAAUGAAGAAAGCCUGUUAAGAUACAAUCAUUGAAUGUGUAAUAGUUUUGUCAGUACAACGAAUUCGGUAAUAUGCUUAUUUUAAACGAUCAAAUAUAUUCAUAAGGCUAAGUAAUGUGUGCUUCUUUUACUAUUAAUUGUCUCACAAGUCAGCUGUUAUAAGUUAACUCUUUUCGAUAAAUGAGUAUUAUGAUUUUUAAGUUUUGUUAUAGAUUGUAAAGUCAUUUCAUUUUUCCAUCAAAGGUUGCAUUAUGCUAUUGUUAAUUUAAGGUAUCAAAUACAUAAACAUGUUUGGCUGAGACAAAAUUCACGAAAACAUUUUCCCAACAUAAUAUGUUUAACUGUUUGUCAUAAAAAAUAAAUAUUCUUGUCUGUAAUGCAUUUAAAAUGACAAACGAUCAAUUUGGUUUUCUUGAACAUUAUAGUUAGUUAAUAUGUUAGUUGGAAUAAAACUAUGUUUUCUUGUUAACAAUUUAUCAUACUUUAUACACAUUUUAAAAACUGCAUCAUUUCAUCGAUAUCGAAACCAAAAUCAUUUAAAAAAACAUUUUCUUUGUUAACUUUGAAGAAAGUGAAAUACUACUAUAAAAAGCCAAUGUAACAAAGGACUAAACAAAAGAAUGCAUUUUACGUUUAAUUCGGUUAACUGCAAUACUUAUCUUUUUUUAACCAAUUUAGUUAACAGUUUUAUUUGACAUACCGAUAAACUCUUAUUUGAAUAUCAUCCUUAUUUCUGUUUUAUCAAUUUAGAGUAGAUAAAACUCCAUUAUUUAUCAAAAUAUUCUAUCUCAUAGCUCAUAUUUACGGAUAACAAUUCACAGUAGGAGUUUAAUUUGAAAGUCUCGUAAAAAUAAUAUCGGAUAACAAUGUUUUUCAUUGUUUUGCAUUAUUCACGUCAUUUAUUCGUGUAAGAAUUCAAAUAAGUACAGUAUUUUACCUAACAACUUAGAAAUAUGAUAACAUUUAGUUUUAUUUAUUUAUUUCUAUGUAUAAGUUCUAUCUCCCUAACACAUUUUCUUUAGAAUAUCAUUAUAUUCAAAUAAUUGGCUUCACAUUCGUAUCUAUAAACAUGCGUGUUGAUCAACGAAACAUCAUAGCUAUGUAACUGCAAAAUAAAUAAAUUCAUUAUAAAAAGUACUAGACAAAGUAAAUUAUGUUGAAUUCUAGAUAAUUAUAUCUAGAUAGUGAAUUUUGAACGCAUACACUAUGUAUGGAAAGCUCAAUUAUCUAUGAAGAAUGGUAAAAUUUAUGGGGUCUUUUCUUAAAAGAAUAACAAACAAUACCGUUUUAAAUGAUACUAUGUAUGUAUACUGUGUUAACUGAAAGUGUGUAGAGCUUAAAGCGUAAAUAUUCUCAGUGUACACACAGAAGAUGUUUAUCUAAUAAUGUAGAAAGCUUAAGAGUAAUUCUCAGUAUUUUUUUUUUUCAUAUUUUAAUAGAGCAUAAUAUAUCUUUACAUUUCUAAAGACCAAUCCGAAAGAAUGUGAAAUGUUACUUUACCAGUUUGUCAAUAUAUUUCUAUGUAUUUCAUAAGGUUUGGAAAAAAAUCUUUAAUUCACAGCUGCAAUCUUACACCAAGAUGUCUAAAGAUAAGUCAUAAAGUAAUUUAAAAAUGAUUGCCGUUAUCUAGCCUUAAAGAUAGUGCUUACGUUUUGUCAGCUAUUGGUGCUUUCAUUUAUUUAUAUAAUUUGUUGUUGUUUGUUUUUGUUUAGUAAUUGAAUUUACCAUAAUGAUUUUAUUGCGUCUUUUGAUUAAUGUAGUUACUAUUCUCGGACAUUUGUUGUUGUUUUAUCUGUGGUCUGCAAUUUGAUUCUACGGUUGUAUUAAGAAAAAUAAAAUAUUUCAUGUUUGAUUGAUCUUUCAUUUUUUUUACGGAGGUUCAUGUAGCCGUAGAAUUCUUUAAUUUGGUCGUAUCAAUAUCAAGCAAAGGC